GACGGGAAUACAACAUGGCGCGCUGAGGGAACGGCUCGGCGGGGCUCGGGGACCCGCAGGCGAGCGCAGGAUGAACAAAUAUAAACCAGUUUGUAAGAUAGGAGCGGGAACGUUUUCUGAUGUCCUGAAGAUGUUGAGUCUUAGAGAUGGAAAGUACUAUGCAUGUAAAUGCAUGAAACAACAUUUUAAAAGUAUUGAACAAGUGAAUAAUCUGAGUGAAAUACAAGCCCUGAGGAGGUUGAAUCCACAUCCUAAUAUCCUUACAUUACAUGAAAUUGUUUUUGAUAAAAAAGCUGGCUGCCUUUCACUGAUAUGUGAACUUAUGGAUAUGAAUAUUUAUGAGCUGAUAAAAGGACGGAGAAAGCCAUUAUCUGAGAAAAAAAUAAAGAACUACAUGUACCAGUUAUGCAAAUCUCUUGAUCACAUACAUAGAAAUGGGAUAUUUCACAGAGAUGUGAAACCAGAAAACAUAUUAAUAAAGCAGAAUACCCUGAAGUUAGCAGAUUUUGGAUCUUGUAGGACGAUAUAUUCUAAGCAGCCAUACACAGAAUAUAUCUCCACACGCUGGUACCGAGCACCUGAAUGCUUGCUUACAAACGGCUACUAUAGCUACAAAAUGGAUGUAUGGAGUGCUGGCUGUGUUUUCUAUGAAAUCACAAGUUUUCAGCCUCUCUUUCCUGGAUCUAAUGAUCUAGACCAAAUUUCAAAAAUCCAUGAUGUGAUAGGCACUCCUGCCAACAGAACUCUCAACAAGUUCAAGCAGGCAGCUGAUACACAGGCGUUGGCCACGCACAAAAAACAUUCUCUUAGGAAAGCCCAGGAGAAAGCAAAACGUCAGCAUGGAUUUCCUUGUGGAGAGCUACCAAUGUUAAGACCUUCUGGAGCAGCUAACUUGCCUUCCCUUCCUACACCUACUUCGCAGUCAGUUUUUCCUGCAGCUAAGAAAAGUGGUGCAACCUCUGUGCUGCAGUCUGUUAGAUUUAUUGGAUCCAAUAUGGAGGUACAGAUUCUCACUUGCUCGUUAAUGUAUAACAAGAUAGGUUUUAUGGAGCAUAUUUUAAACUUCUGUUGUUUCUUCAACAGUCUGAGAAACAGAAGACCCUUCAGUCUUCCCUAAAACAUUACCACUUACCUGCUAUAGAACGAAGAGGAGAAGGUUACUGGCCAUUUUAAGGUAUUGAGAGUGUGAAGAAAAACAAGAGUAUGCAGUGAUCACUGUUAGAGAUCCAACAAGAACAACAGUGCUUUAUUUUGUGUUUUUCUGACAAUUGUCAGAAACCUCCCAGAGCUAUAAAGGGCUGCUCACCUAAUGCUUUGGUGUGCUGCUACCAAAGAUGAUCGAUGUUUAAUUAAACACUCUGCACUGGACUUUCUAAAUAUAUAUAUUUUUUCCUUUUAGAACCCGACAGAAGAAGGGAUUGGUUAAAAAUAACAAGAGGAUUUGAUGAGGUUCAGUAUUAGGAAUGGAACGUUGUCCACAGAAUACAGGGUUUCAUAUUAGAUAAUAAAUGACUGCUAACUUCUGGAAAGUAUUUACUUCCUGUAUUCAAUGACUUCAACCUCAAGCUUUACUGAGAACUUGCAGAUUAUACAAACAUAUGUUUGAUUUUGAUCAAGUUAGCAUAACUGGUCAACAUUUUUAUAUACCCACCAGUUAAAAGGGUAAGCAACUUUUUAUCUGAUUCAAGAGCAAACCAGCUAAGACUCUACUCACAUACUUGUCUUAGCGGAGGAACUGCAGUCCAACAGUGGAACAGAGAAAAGGGAGACUCAAACAGCAGAAUGCAACGGCACAGGUAGGUGCUGCUUCUCUUUUUAGUUGAAAGUCGUACUGAGGAAGGUCAUCUUCCUCCUACUUCUAAGUAGAAAAUAAUUCCUAACCACGAUUAUAUCAGAAGUGAGUGUGAAUACAUGAAGACACGGUGACCAGCUGAGUUAUACUGUCCUGCUGCUGAUAGUCAUCUUUGUUUGUUAGAGGUUCAUACUGUUGAAACCAAACAGGUGGAGAGCUUGAGCGGUAAUAAGGCAAUCCAAUAUUUGAAUUUCUAACAUUGGUUUAUUUAAAAAAAAUAAUAAAUUAAAAGGUGUGAUGCUAAGCUUAGGAAAUGGAUUGAAGGACUGCAGCUCUACAGGCAACAAAGUACAAGCAGUAACCUCCAACGUUUUACAUUUUCUGCUCUGAGCUUAUCCGGUGGUUUGUGCUUUUUUUCCUCAAGAGCAGAUGGUGAAAUAAGGUUCUCCGACUUUGUAUAUCACAGCAAUUUUCUCUCACAUCAGUAUUUGAGGCUGUUGGCCUGUUAGAAUAAAAAAAAAGCAAUUCAGCAGAUUGCUUUUGCUAUGAAAAUUGGGUAUGUCAUAUGAAGCACCACUGUGGAAUGUUUUCUUCAUUUAUUUUAAGCUUUCAGGUGGAUCUUGCACAUUUGGGCACAUACAGCACUUCAUGGACGUUUAUUUAAUAGCAAGUUCCUUACUAUUCUUCUGGAAACCAAAUAUAGUUCUCUGACUGUUGGAUUGGUGGGCAAACUUGAGUUUUCCCACUUGCUUUCUAGUUAAAACACAUUCAACUUUAAAAUAUAAAUUGGCAAGCAAUCCUUCCAGCUAAAGUUCUGCAUUGAGACCAUCUCCUUCAUUAUUUAAUUUGCUUUAACCUACAGCUAUUUUUUCCUACCAUGUUAAGAGCUAUGCUUUUUAUAGAACUCUACAUUAUUUCCAGAUAAGUUGUUUUCUUUUUCUUCCUAAAAUCAGUUUUCCCAUAGUGAAGAAAGGAUGGGGGGUGGAAGACUUCCAGGUGAUUGCCCAGUGGUAGAGAUACUGCAAAAAUCCAGCAGCACACACGGACUCCUUCUUUGCUAUUCAACUAUGAUUUGUAGCAGGACGUGCUCUGCAAACAGGUAUGUAUGUAGCUGCUGUUAUUACCCUGAUGUUGGAUGCUAUGAUCCUUAUGGUACUGUUGUUGUUUUUUUUUUUCCUACAGCUGGUAAAUUACAAAAAGUCCUUUAAAGGCCUUUAUUACAUCUUUUCCUCAGCUGUUUCACUUUGACUCAAACAGUAUGAAGCACUCAUACAAAGAACUCUCCAGGGAGGUAACUGCAUUAGUUUUUAGUGACAAGGUUUAUCUGUAUUUUAACAGCUAAACCCAAUACGUUAAUAAAACAGAACUUCUGAACAAUAAUGCUGCUCAGUUUCAGUAUUUUCCCCAUUCCUUCUAUUUUAGAAAACCCCAAGUAUAUUCGAGUUGUAAAGUACAGUUCUGUCUUUAAGUGAUGUAGACAAUCCAAAUGCCAGUUUAUAAAUACAGCUGGCACUUCUUUAUGUGCCAGCUGCAUGACGAGAAUAAGAGAUGUAGUUACAAGCAGCUAUGCAGUUGUUUCUCUCCAGGUUUUCAUUCAUCUCCUGCCUAAAGGUGCCUAAUGGUUACUUGCAAUUAGAAGCAUUCUAACCCAGCUACGUGGCUGGGAGCAGGACGGGCAGUUGCUGAAUUACGGCCUCAUGCACAGCUUGUGCCUACUGUCAGGCAUGCUGCACUCUCAGGCUUGUGGCCUCAGCUCUGCUCUGCUGACCCAAUGCCCAUCUGCAAGACUGGCCAAGAGGCUGCGUGUUUCUGCUCAGCACUGAGAGAUGCCAGGGACGCGGGUCAUUGCUGGGGCUUGGGAUGAAACAGCAGCUCUCUUUUUUUCAAUCUUUGCAAGAAAUGCCAAAAAGCAGUUGAAAUGUUCUGUUGCCAGUGACUUAAAUUUGUGUUGAGACAAGCAGCAUUAAACUUUACUUAUGCGUGAGGUGCGUUUCCAUAAUAGUUAUCAAUUUGAAACUGUUGAAUUGUAAACGAGAUGCCUCUAGGAGGGAACAACAAGUUGUCUCAAAACCAUGUCUUCUGCAUGCUGACAUCACUUUAAGUUUGCCAGGUCAGAAGGUGGCUGUGUCUGCUCCCGCUGGAUCAUUCACUUCUAACCUCCCAGACAAACAGGCAGCAUUACGGAUUACAGAAUCCUCGCCCCACAAAGCUUCUGCGAGAUUUCCGCUGCCUGAUGUGCUUUGAGAUCAACCAUGAAGAAUGAGAACGGACCAAAGUUACUUCAUUUUCCUAGUCAAAAUUCAACUAUAUUAAACAUGAAGCAAUGUUCCAGGUGAGGUUUUUCAAAAGGAAUUUGUUCUACAAAGUUUAUAUUAUAUUUCUGUACCAAACAUUUAAUUCAACAAAGGAUUGAUUACAUCAAAACGGAUCAAAUUUGAACAGAAAGUAAACAAAAAUGCAUAUUCAAGAUAGUUUAAUAUGUAUUUUCUGAAUUAGAAAUAUCACUUUCUUAAAUGACUGAGUUUCUAGUGUAAUGAUCCAUUAAUCCCCUCCCCGUCACUGAAUUACAUUAUUUAUACAUAUAAUACAGAGCUGAUUGCAGUUGGAAACAACAAUAUUAAAAUAAAUGUUUAAUAGAUACAAAGGAUCUUCUCUCCACAACAUAGUUUUUCUGGUGUUUAGACACCGAUUUUAAAGUAAUUUUCUAUUAGCAUUAAACUAUUUAAGUGCAAAACAAUUCUGUUUUAAAAAUCUAUGAUUGCAGCAUCCAUCUUCCUGAAUAACAUUUGAAGCCGGAAAGUAAUGACUUUCAUGUUCUAUGAGUGCAUUCCAGGCUGUCCUCUCGCCACCUCUGGUUAAAAAAAUCAGUGCAAAAUAAACAAUGGUGAAGUACUAAUUUAACCAUUGAGCUUACUUCAAUUUAAGAAACAUACUUUAUUUUACACUAUAUAUAUUUUUAUUUAUAUAUUUAUAUAUAUAGAUUAAAUUACACUGGACUUCAAAAGUAUAAAGAAAACCAAAAAUGUUACUAUAUUUUUUACCGCAGCACCAAAGGAAGCUUUUUUUUUCAAAUGAAAACUUCCUUGGGUGAGCAGCUAGCAGUAUUAGCUGUAAUAAGAACUCAUUACAUUAUUCCUUUUCAAAUUACUAUGUGAUUCACAUAAUUCCAUGUUUACACUCUGCCACAUUAUAAUUUGUGAUGCUCUUUGCCUGAAGAACGGCUCCUGGUUCCAUUGCCAUUACUUCUUGUCCUGUGUUCAGAGAUUUGCUAGCAGUAGUGUGGUGGCUAUACUACAGUUCCACUUGGAGAAUUGGCCUGGUUUUGGGAUGACAAUAAACCCUGCAAACAAAGCAGUUUACAUUAAUCCAGCAAGAGAACCUGAGAGUACUUUUAUAAAAUUAUUAGCCUGAAGCUAAAAUUAGUACAAUUUAGUUUUACCACCACUUGCUUACUGAAGGUAUCAGCACCUCCUUCCCCACAAAAGAACCUCAGCCACUAUGGUAUCAGUCAGCAGCACACAGAAGAGCUUUCAGUACGUCAGGACGCGUGUGCGUUUCAGACGCGCGGUGCACAGGAUUCCAGCACUGGGUUUCAGUCUGCCUUGCGCCCCAAAGAUGGUACACCAAAAAGCGAUCGUUUUGGGGGUGUCAACAAACACAUCUGGCUCAGGAGCAGCAAGGUUGACAACUAACCUGAUACAGGAGAACGUUCAGUCUCAUAUGCUACUGAACAUUACAAGCUUUAAACAGAAAACUAGAUUCUCUAACCGAAUACUGAGUUAUUUAUGUCAUCGUAAGGAGAAGGACACACUGAGUCAGAGUUUAGUGAAAUUUCCCAUUACAACUUAAGCUUGUGUUCAGAAUUUAUUUAAUCUGCAGUGCCAUUCUAAUAAGAUGAGACUUUAUUUCAAGUGUAAUUCUGCUCCUGUGUGGCAGCCCUAGCUCAGCAGGGGCUACCGUUCUGAGUUAAGGCAGCCAUACCAGGGGCAAAAGACCCCACUUUCGAUGCAUGUGUAGUAGUCCCUUUUUAUUUAUUCACAUAAAAGGAACCGUACACCAGUUAUUUAGGAAAAGCUUAAUAUCUAAUUACAAUUUCAUUUUCUUGCAUUGUCACUAUUUACUUAAAACUGCCAGCAGACUCACACAAUGGCAGCUAAGCUGGAAGCACACCAGUGACCAUCGCUGUGCCACUUGCACUACAUGGUGGGCAUGAUAAAUGCACUUUUACCAAUUCCUCUCAAUAGCUACCAGCUUAGUUUCUUACCUCAAAAAUAAAGUUCCUGUGACUCAUCAAAGCCGACAGGUUUGGGCAGCAGUUAACACACAGUGCAGAAUUAGGUCACAUCUUUAGAAUCUACAGGAGCUCUUUCUUGCUUGGGCUGCAGAACUGAAAAGUCACUACUGAUGGAGAAAUAUCCUGACCACAGACAGGGGUGGAAAGGGGACUGGAUUCAACUGGGCUGGGUUCAACUCAGAGACGCUGCAUUUUCAGUAAGAAGAAAAAGUUUCAUUAUUAUUAUUUACGGAGUAACGAGAAGGCACACUUUUAAAAGCAAACAACUGAAGCACUCCUGACAGUUUUUACCAAGAAAGGUUUCAAAGCAAGGAAGACGAAACACAACUCUACAGUUCAUUUACCGAAGCCUUCUUCAGAAGUCAAUUAUAUCCAGCAACAACUGGAACGUCUUUCUUGCAAGAUUACAUCCACUAAGCAAGUUUCAUGUACCCUGGAAAAAGAUGUCCAAAAAGUAUUAUUGUAAAUCUUUAAUAAGAAGGACAAAUGGUUCAUAUGCAAAUAUGUGCUUUAUAAGCACACAGAAAAUAGUAGGGAUCUUUCAGGAGGAUCAAGCUCAAGCAAAGAGAAAUAAGCACUAUUCUAAUACUGCAUUUGUAAUGCAACCAUAAUUGAGAAAUGAAGAGUCAUUUAUUUUCCCACAGCUCCUGCAGAAACUGGUAGCAAGUGCUGAAAUGCAAUGUGGUGCCUGAUUCCCCAGCGACUACAACCAGCUCUGGAACACGUAAGUUCCAAGACCAGGCACACAGAUUCUCUCAGCCCUGGGUUCAUCUUCCACGCUGUGCAUAUUCCCUGCAACCAAAGCCCACACAGCUGGCACACGAGCAGCCCUUGUUCUAAAUGAUUCCUGCAUCUGUGAGCAGGCAGGGCACAGGGACACCAAACUGCAGAGAACGUUAUGAUCGAUGCGUGUACACAUCCUAAAACUUAGCAAGUAUCUUCUUCAAACAUGACCAAGUUACAGCAGUGCAAUUGCUAUCCCAACAUUCACUUCUGUGCCACUGGUCAGUGUUGUGAGUUCCUCUGAACACUUAGUCUUCCAAAAUCAUCUCAGACCAUGGAUGGUCAUACAAGGAAAGCAAGAAGGUCAGGGCUUCAGGUGUGAAAGUUUUAUAGAGGAAGGUAAGAAUUUAAGAAUUCCAGGUAGGUCCUGAGUAGCAAGAAAGAUUCUGUGGAGUUCUGCCACAACAAAGCAGCUUUAGGAAGUCUUGUUUAGAAAAGCAUGCGACAGCUCCCGAAAGUUUUGGUACAAAAACUACCAUGUCAGACUGCGAUCUGUAAUACAAAGGCUGUGGGACUGCAAUAUUUCAACUGACAUUCUCCAGGAAAAAGGUUGUAACAACCUCAAAAGUUCCCGUGUGGAAACAAAGGAUGAAGGGAUCAGAGCACAGCGCUUUCUGUGGUGAAACCACCCAGCCUGGGCAGGCGGGUGCUGAAGCAUGGAACAAAACCUGCAGCACCUCGUUAGAGCAACAGAAACACUGCUGCUUAAUAGCUGCGACAGAAAAAGUGAAUAAUGGAGAUAACACAGCUUCAGAUCCGCUGCGCCGAAGAGCACAUAGCGCACAUCAGCUUAGCUUAAGAACAAACAGACCGUACUCAGCAUGCAACACAGACAAAUCAAGAGAUUGUUCAGAAAAGUUUUGAAAAUAAAUGCAGCCUUUUAUUAGCACUGUUAUUCUGUCAGCACGUGAUGUUGGCAGGGGGCGAGAAACAGAGCAGUUAUGAAACUCAAGUCAGGAAUUGGAUAGGACCACCUUCAUCAGAACCUCAGAGAGAGCCCCAAGGAGGUGCUGCAUCAUUGCUGUUCCACUGGGCCUCUUUGGCAGAGGGCUGGGUUGUUUUUCUGCCAUCAGCAACGUGGAAGCAUCACACGUGCAGUCUCAGGGCACGCUGCCACACCACAUUGAUCCACACGUUCUCUGGCUUCCCGAAACACACAGCGCUUUGUGUAUUCAGUAAAAACUUUGAAGGCAUCAAUAGGGUUGCAUGGGAAUAAAAAGUGUAACAAACGCAAUCAAAAUGACCAUUUCCAUCCAAAUGCACAAUGCUCAGCCCUGUGGUCUGCUCAGAAAGCCCUGCAGAGGCCAGCCCUCACGAUUCCUGAGAUGGCAGGGAGUUGUUUUUAAGAUCUGGUUUUUUUCCUCAAUUACACGAAACACAGUUUCCUAAUAGAAACUCUGUGAAUAGUGUGAAAGAUCAGGAUGAGACAGCUGAUGGGAAAAACACAUCAGGAAGACACAGCUAAUCAGAAUAAAAGCUAUCAAUAGCGACAGAGUUGAUAUUUUCUUUAUGUAAAUUAGAACAGCGCUAAUUGGAGCCAAAGGUGUCACUGAUGUAGACAGCAAACUGCACAUUUGGACACAUGGUCAAGUCACCGUAAAGCUGCUGCCUAUGUGUGAAUGCACAGCUCUGUUACUGGAUGCUAACAGCAGCGACUGGGGAACUCGCUGGAUGGCAGAGCUCUGCACAAUUCUACUUUGCUUGGAAAUUGAAAAGUAGGUGAAAAAAGCAGCGAAGCAAACAGUUGAGUGCAAAUACAACCAAUGUAAAACUUUCUGGACGCACAGAGGCCAACAGGUCCCACAGUACACGUCACUAUUGCAAUUAGGCCAGCAACAAACAAUAGCGGAGUUAACGAACACCCAUGCAAAAAUGCCGUCGAUCUGUUCUGUCAUUGCUGCUAUGGCCAAUAUAUGAAAUAAUAAUUACUGGCAGAGCAUUGCGCACACAGUUAUUGUUCAAAACUGUGAUAUUCAGAGUCACCUGAAACAAAAAGUCGUCCAGACUGAGCGCUUCACUUGACAAAAGUCCCAGAGCCUAAUCCCGCGUUGGAGCAAUAAUAUGCCCCAACAAAAUGAGAUUUUUCACAUCUGUUUAAAAUCCUGCAGUCAAAUCAGCUGAAUUGGAUUAAGAUUAGCGUGAACAAAUGGCCAACAGAUUCUUAUACAGAUGAGUCAGCAUUUAUUAGCUUAAAUCACUGAACUGCAUAUAUUUACUAAAUCAGAUACUUAGUAAAUCAGUCUCUGACAGAGUCAAAAUUUAUCACUGAAGAAGGUUAAGGAAGUUCCAAGGCAGUGCUUGCUGAACAGUAACAAAACCUGCUACAGAGAAACAUUCUGUAUGGAAUUCAGCUAUCAGUUUGGCUCUGCCCUCCUAUCUUUACAAUCUGUGUACUGUAGAGUUCUAAAUGGUUGGCUUUGUUUUAUUCUAGUAGCGUUAUAGAAAAGUAUAACUUGAACCAUUUGGCAGAUCAGAUCUCCUGAAAGCGUGUAGUAGCAACACUUGCCCUUCUCUUCUCCAUAUCCAAAGGAAUUUUUCUUGUAACAGAGAUGCAUCACCAUUUUGCUUGCCAUCAAUGAAAAGCUGUUAGAAGACUAGCAAAAAAUCUUGCCUGUGUAGCAGUACAAGGUAUGGUUACAUCAAGACUAGUUUUUGAAUGGCAAAUGGAAGAAUUUUUGCUUAUUUUCCUGUUGGAGAAGAGUAAGGUGCAACUAAGCAUCACGGAAAGCACAGAAUGCUUUUGCCAGCAGAAACCUGAUUUCACUCAGUCAAUAAGAACUGCAGCUUCAUUCAGGCAGCGAUGGCUCACAUGGCCAGAACACUUCUCUCUCCAGUCUCUCCAAACUAUAAAAGCCAGUUAAGGUUUUAACUUUCUAGAUUAGAAAAUAACGCAAUUGAAAUAAACCAGGAGAAAAACUGGGGGAGAAUCAGAUGACUGAAGGGAAGCUCAUCUUGGUUAGUUGUAGAAUAAACAUGAUCUCAGCAUGACAAGAGAUGAAACAAAGGAAGAAGCACCUACCUAACAUCCAACUUGAAAAACAGAAAAUAAUGUGACCAAGCAAGUUAUUUCCUUGACAAGUUUGUGCAACGUCAUUAAAUAAAGGAAGGUGUCUUCUCGCUUG